GUCUCUCAGCAGCCAAACUGCUGACUGAGUCAGGCUUGAAUGUGGUGUUGCUGGAAGCCAAUGACAGGGUUGGUGGAAGAACUUUAACAGUAAGGAAUAAGCAAGUUAAAUAUGUGGACCUUGGAGGAGCUUAUGUGGGGCCAACACAAAAUCGUCUCCUGCGGUUAUCUAAAGAGUUAGGAAUAGAGACGUAUAAAGUGAAUGAAGUUGAGCACCUGAUACACCACGUCAAGGGUAAGUCUUACCCCUUUAAAGGUUCAUUCCCUCCUAUGUGGAAUCCGUUGGCCUACCUGGACUACAACAACCUAUGGAGGACCAUGGAUGAAAUGGGAAAGGAGAUUCCCAAUGAAGCCCCAUGGAAAGCUCCACAUGCAGAAGAAUGGGACAAAAUGACUAUGCAAGAUUUCAUAGAUAAAAUUUGCUGGACAAAUGCUGCCAAGCGUUUUGCAACUCUGUUUGUGAAUGUGGAUGUCACUUCUGAACCCCAUGAGGUCUCUGCCCUUUGGUUUUUGUGGUAUGUGAAGCAGUGUGGGGGGACAGCAAGGAUAUUCUCAACGUCCAACGGAGGACAGGAGAGGAAGUUUGUUGGGGGCUCUGGCCAGAUCAGUGAGAAAAUAAUGGAGCACCUGGGAGGCCGGGUGAAGCUGAGGAAGCCAGUCAUCCGCAUCGACCAGUCGGGUGAAAGUGUCAUAGUGGAAACUUUAGAUCAUGAAUUAUAUGAGGGCAAAUAUGUGAUCAGUGCCAUUCCCCCAGCUCUUGGUUUGAAGAUUCAUUUCAACCCACCUUUGCCCCCGAUGAGAAACCAGCUCAUCCACCGAAUCCCCAUGGGCUCAGUCAUCAAGUGCAUUGUAUACUAUAAGGAAACUUUCUGGAGGAAGAAGGGGUAUUGUGGUACCAUGAUCAUUGAAGAUGAGGAUGCUGCAAUUGGUUUAACACUUGAUGAUACUAAGCCUGAUGGCAGCUUUCCUGCCAUAAUAGGCUUCAUUCUUGCUCGGAAGUGCAGAAGACUGACAGGUCUCACAAAAGAAGAAAGGAAGACGAGGCUGUGUGAGCUCUAUGCAAAGGUUCUGGGAGCCGAAGAAGCUUUACAUCCAGUGCAUUAUGAAGAGAAGAACUGGUGUGAAGAGCAGUAUUCUGGGGGCUGCUACACAGCCUACUUCCCACCAGGCAUAAUGACUCAGUAUGGAAGGAUUAUUCGGCAGCCUGUUGGCAGGAUCUAUUUUGCUGGCACAGAGACAGCCACAGAGUGGAGCGGAUACAUGGAGGGGGCUGUACAGGCUGGUGAAAGAGCAGCCAGAGAGAUACUGUUUGCUAUGAGGAAAAUCCCAGACAGUGAAAUUUGGAAGCCAGAGCCUGAGUCAAUAGAUGUUCCAGCUUUGCCCAUCACUACAACCUUCUGGGAGAGGAACUUGCCAUCUGUGCCAGGACUGCUAAAGCUGCUUGGAUUUUCCACUUUCUUCACCUCUGUGGCCGCAGCUGGGUUAUUUGCCUACAAAAAGGGACUUCUAGUUCGAAACUGAAAAAGGUGCCAACACAAAGCCUCACACUUCAGUGAUUUUCUUUUUUCUUUUCUUUUUUUUUUCUUUUUGGAGGUUUCUUUGUCAUGUAUUUCCCUGACUUCAAAAUCAGGACUGAGGAAGAGGAGAAAACAGUAGAAAGGAGAGUCUAGAGGAGAGGGAUAAAGGAAAGGGAUUCAUAUUGAAAAACAACCCCUUGAAUUCAAGGCUACUUCUAGCAGUAAUAUUUUGGUUGUUGAAUUUC